GCCUGAAGAGAUUGAUGAUGUUUGGUCGAGAAAAUUAUUGAUAACGACACAACCUGACCACGUUUGAGCCUCUCGUUUUUCCAUUAGACGAACGUCACACUCCACUCUCGACUAAAUCCAUGUUUUGAGCCUGUGUUUUUGUUUUUUUUGUCCUGCUCAUAUCGGGAGUUUACAUGGAGAGCUAAAGGCCCUCACUAAACGGGUCGACUGUGCUAAGCUAGCUAGCCGACUGUGGACCGAGGAGCACAGCUGGACAACAUUAGCUUUUCACCAGCAGUCAUCAUCACAACAACAAGAGGAAGGAAGAGCAAAGCCAACAGCGUCUAUCUUAAGCCCCCCAGGUGUCUGCAGGGGCAAUGGAUGUGGAAGAGUUUGUACCUCCUCCGGAGUGUCCAGUAUUCGAGCCGUCAUGGGAGGAGUUUCAGGAUCCUCUGGGCUACAUCGCCAAGAUACGUCCAAUUGCAGAGAAGUCUGGCAUCUGCAAAAUUCGACCACCACAAGACUGGCAACCUCCAUUUUCAGUGGAGUUGGACAGCUUCCGCUUCACGCCCCGCAUCCAGAGGCUUAAUGAGUUGGAAGCGGAGACCAGAGUAAAGCUUAAUUAUUUGGACCGCAUCGCCAGGUUUUGGGAGGUCCAGGCAUCCUCCUUGAAAAUCCCACACAUUGAAAGGCGCAUCCUUGAUCUUUUCAGCCUCUCAAAGGUUGUGACAGAAGAAGGAGGAUUUGAGAUGGUAUGUAAGGAACGGCGCUGGGCUCGCGUGGCCCAGCGGCUUGGCUAUCCUCCAGGCAAGAACAUCGGAUCUCUGCUGCGCUCGCACUACGAGAGGAUCGUCUACCCCUUCGAAAUGUUCCACUCUGGUGCCAGCCUGCCGCAUUGCAAGCCAAAGCACUAUGACGGUGAGGAUGUGGAUAAAGAGUACAAGCCCCACUCCAUCCCUCUUCGACAGUCUGUCCAGCCAUCCAAAAUGAGCAGUUAUGGACGCAGAGCGAACCGCUGCCAACCUGAUGGUCCAGAGGAUCUGGCCCCCCAUCCUCUCACCACUGGCUCUCAACUCAUCUCUGCGCCUGAACCCACAGAGGAAGACAUUGAGAAGAACCCAGAACUGAAGAAGCUACAGAUUUAUGGCGCAGGACCUAAGAUGAUGGGACUUGGACUGGUGGCGAGGGACAGAGGCCUCAGGAAGAAAGAUGAGCUGCCCCAAACUGUGACCGUCAAGGACAGCGUUUCUUCUGCUCCCAAUGAUACCUCAGUCAAAACAGAGCUACUGGAGUCUCAAGAGAGGCAGAGUGAUGUGAGUACAUCUAGUCCCCAGAUGCCUCCUCCUAGCGUCACCGUGAAGACUGAAGUGAAGACAGAAGUGAAGAAGGAGGAGGUGGUGGAGAAGAAGAAAGAGAAUGAUGAGGAGGAAGAUGUACCUUGCACCAAAAUGACCAUGAGGCUUAGACGCAAUAUCAGCAACCCGCAGUGUGUGGAUUCAUUCGUCUGUCGCAUGUGCGGUCGGGGAGAUGAUGACGAGAAGCUCUUGCUGUGUGAUGGAUGUGAUGACAACUACCACACUUACUGUUUACUCCCCCCACUUACUGAUCCUCCCAAAGGCAACUGGAGAUGCCCUAAGUGUGUGGCAGAAGAGUGCAAGAAGCCUUCAGAAGCUUUUGGCUUUGAACAAGCUACACGGGAGUACACCCUGCAGAGUUUUGGGGAAAUGGCCGAUGCCUUCAAAGCCGAUUACUUCAACAUGCCUGUCCAUAUGGUUCCCACUGAGCUCGUGGAGAGGGAGUUCUGGAGGUUAGUCAGCAGUAUUGAGGAGGACGUGACCGUUGAGUAUGGAGCGGACAUACACUCCAAAGAGUUUGGCAGCGGCUUCCCAAUGAACAAUGGCAAGAGGAACCUCACAAAGGAAGAGGAUGAAUAUGCCCGCUCUGGCUGGAACUUGAAUGUGAUGCCUGUGCUGGAGCAGUCACUCCUGUGUCAUAUUAAUGGAGACAUCUCUGGGAUGAAGGUUCCCUGGCUGUACGUGGGCAUGGUCUUCUCAGCUUUCUGCUGGCACAUCGAGGAUCACUGGAGCUACUCCAUCAACUACCUGCACUGGGGUGAACCCAAGACUUGGUAUGGAGUUCCUUCUGUGGCAGCUGAGCGACUUGAGGAGGUGAUGAAGAAGCUGACGCCAGAGCUUUUUGAGUACCAGCCCGACCUCCUGCACCAGCUUGUCACCAUCAUGAACCCUAAUAUCCUCAUGUCUCACGGUGUACCGGUUGUACGUACCAACCAAUGUGCUGGUGAGUUCGUCAUCACCUUCCCCAGAGCCUACCAUAGUGGCUUCAAUCAGGGAUAUAACUUUGCUGAAGCUGUCAACUUCUGCACUGCAGACUGGCUGCCUGCUGGUCGUUCCUGUAUUGACCACUACCGGCGUCUAAGGAGGUACUGCGUAUUCUCCCAUGAGGAGCUCACCUGUAAGAUGGCUGCUAGCCCAGAGAAGCUAGACUUAAACCUGGCUGCAGCUACACACCGGGAAAUGUUCAGUAUUGUUCAGGAAGAAAGGAAGCUGCGGAAGGGUCUGAUGGAAAGGGGCAUCACUGAAGCGGAGCGCGAGGCAUUUGAGCUCUUGCCUGACGAUGAGAGGCAGUGUGAUAAAUGCAAGACGACAUGCUUCCUUUCUGCUCUGGCCUGCUCAAACUGUCCCGAGCGUCUGGUGUGUCUCUAUCACACUCAGGACUUGUGCAACUGCCCCACUGAAAAACUCUACCUCAGGUACAGAUAUACCCUGGAUGAGUUGUUAGCCAUGCUACACAGAUUAAAGGUUCGGUCCGAGUCCUUCGAUUCCUGGGCCAACAGGGUGAAAGAAGCACUCGAGCAAGAAGAGGGAAACAAAAUAGGAAAGGAGGACCUGGAGACACUUAAGAUGGAAGCCGCGGAAAAAAAGUUUCCCGACAACGAACUUCUCCGGAAACUCAACACUGUUCUUAAAGAUAUAGAGCACUGCCAAAAGACAAGCACUGAACUCCUCAGUAACUCAAAGACCAGUGAAGGUAAGAUGACUUGGGCAGAGCUGAAAUCCUUGGUAGAGACGAUGCAAAACCUGCCCUGUGUGAUGAACCAGCUGGACGAAGUGCAGGCUGUACUGCGGACAGUGGAGGAUUUCCAGAGCCUGGCUCAAGAACUGGUCAAUGACAGAGACUGGAGGAAGGACUCUCCGCCUCAUGAGCAGCUGCAGACAUUGUUGGAGCAAGGGGACAAGCUGCCUGUUGUGGUGCCAGAGUGUAAUUUACUGCAGGGCCUUCAGGAGCAGGGGCACUGGCUGGCAGAGGUGAGGCGCACACUGGGCACAGAAGGAGGUGAGAGGCAGGAGGUGACGUUGGCUGUGUUGAGGAACUUGAUGGAGGCGGGCUGCAACGUGCCCCAGAGUGUGUCUGUGGAGACGGCCAUGGCAGAACUUCAGGAACUGCUCACAAUUGCAGAACGUUGGGAGGAAAAAGCACAAAUCUGCCUCGAACAAAGACAAAAGCACCCUCUCUCCACACUGGAGGCAAUAGUAAAUGAGGCACAGCUCAUCCCUGUCAAGCUGCCCAACAUCCUGGCUCUGCAGGGCUGUCUGAGCCGUGCACGGGCCUGGGUAACAGACCUGGAGGAAAUCCAGAAUGGGGAGCAUUACCCUUGUCUGGAUGACCUGGAGGGUCUGGUGGCGAUUGGACGGGACUUGCCUGUCUUCAUGGAGGAGCUAAGACAGCUGGAACUGCAGGUGGCCAGCGCUCACUCGUGGAGGGACAAGGCCAGCAAGACCUUCCUGAAGAAGAGCAGUCAGCACAGUCUUCUAGAGGUGUUGUGUCCGUGUGCGAAAAGACGAGAGAGGCGAGAUGAGACAGAGCCGUUGGAGGAUCCACUAGAUGAUUCUGAUACCAACACUCUGGGCCUCUCUGCUCAGGACCUGAGAGACCCUGCAGCUAUCGUGAUGGCAUUUAAACAAGGGGAGCACCAGGAGAAGGAGGCACUACUGAGGUUACAGAAAUUGAACAUGUGUAAAUCUGGACAUAACGCUGCGAGUUGCAAGGAGGACAAGGAGGACAAGGAGAACGGGAGGUGGGACGACACCAUGGAAACGGACACUUCCAGCCACUCAGAGAACUCUGUAAAAGAGCAAAACGGCAACAGUAACCACACCUGUGCCACCCCUCCUCAGUCAGUGUGUGUGUGCGGCAGGCAGCCUCGUGCCCCUCAGCUUCGCUGCCAUCUGUGUAAGGACUGGUUCCAUGGCUGCUGCGUUCCUUUCCCCUCCCUGCUCCCCACCUCUGGACCACCAGUUAACCCCCUCUGCUGGUGGGACUGGGACUCACGAUUCUUGUGUCCGCGAUGCCAGCGGUCGCGGCGCCCACGCCUGGAAACUAUCCUGGCUUUACUUGUGGCCCUGCAGAGGCUGCCAGUGCGUCUGCCUGAGGGAGAGGCGCUGCAGUGUCUCACAGAGAGGGCCAUCACUUGGCAGGGCCGCGCCAAGGAGGCGCUCGAGACGACAGAGCUGCAGCAGGCACUUCAGAGGCUGCAAGAACUCAAAGAGACUCUCCAUUGUGAAGCAAAAAAAGAGGUAGUCAUGGAAGGGGGCUCGGUGAUUGUUUUAACAGACUCCGAGGGAGAGGAGGGAGUCAUUGAUCUGACUGAUGAGACUUCACCUAAAAAGAACAAGGACAGCAACGGCACUCAGGCUGGAAGUGAAAAUGGCGUCGGCAAGAAGUCAAACGUUACAGGUGUGGGGUCUCUGCUGGCUCUGCUGCCUUUGCUAAAAGGUCAGGUUGUGGAACUUUCCCCGGCCACCAGGGACCAGCUGGAGGAAUUGCAGCUGGAAGGAGAUCUGCUCGAGGUGUCCUUGGACCAGACACACAUCAUCAGCCGAGUCCUGCAAGCAGCGUCUGAUCCACCCAGAGAAACACUGCAAACACUCAUUCAGAUCGAGCUCGAAGACCAGAGACGAACCAGCCGCGGAAGGACCAAGGACUCAAAAAGAAAGAGAAAGAGUCACAGAGGUGGCAGUGGUGAAGGGGCAGGAGCCAGAUCACUGGAUGCCUCAGAGUCAAAGAAAACCUGCCCCCCCAGCCACAGCCCCUCACCUCACUUACCUGCCCAGAUCCAUCCAGAGGUUUUGUGAUAUAGUCAACGCUGGAUCGAUUAGUCGGAGGAAUUGAAAGGACAGAAUAUUCUGUGGCAGAAGACAAUGUCAAGUUAUAGAAAGAUGCAGGACAUCCCCCCUUUUACAAACCUACCUUCCUUCUCAACCCCCCCCAUCCAUACUUUCAGACACUAACCGAGCUCAGACUCUUCUACACUCCACUGUUUGACCUUUUAACUCAGCCAUAACGCGCCCCAUGAUGUUUUGUUUUUUUGGGUCCCCCUCCCCAACCUCCAGCAUUUCCAUCUUUCCUUAAAACUUUAUUCCCCUGGACACAUUUUACCCCCCCCCCCCCCCCCCCCCCCCAACCCUUGAACAUAUUAAAGACUGUUGUUGGACCGAUGAUGUGGGACUUCCCGUAAUAGCAGUGUAUUUGGUCUAGAGUUGUCUCUGAGGUCAGUCAGUAUGCUACGUUACCCCAACUGUAUUAAAGGCUAGUUCAACUGAAGCCGGUCUUAGCACUGGCAGUUGCAGUUUCACUUUCACUUGAGCCCACCCGUUGAAGUUGGAUAAGCUAUGGGUUUAUUUUAGACACUUCUGUUAGGGCAUGCAUCCUGAAGCUGAGGUACAGCAGAGGGUUUUUUGGAGAGCUGAUCUUAGAUAACAGCACCAUGGUUACACUUGUAUUUUUUUAGUUGUACUGAAUCUUGUGUUUUUGAUGCUGUUGUUUUUGAGGAGACAUGCAUUUUGAAUUUUGAAUGAGUAAAUUUUGGGAAGUGUUAAAAACAGGCAUUAAUGUUUUUGGUGCUACUUUCCCAAAAUUGAUAUCUGUACCUCUUGGCUUUGUCUUUCUCUUGCCCUCCUCUCUCAUGUGAAUUUUCUUUUCUUUUUCUAAAGCUCCCAUCAUCUUGACUCCAUUAUUUCUUUCUUUCAAUUUGAUUCUCCCUCGUUAUCUCUUUGCAAAUUAAGGUAACUUCACUGUAACUCACUUUGUCACAUUUUAUUUUGUUUCCUGGGUUCAAAUUAUUAUAUUAUUAUUAUUAUUAUUAUUGAUAUUGCAGACACACAGUUGUCGUGAGUUUGUGUAUAAACUUUUCAUUUUAAUGUUGCCUUUGUUUCUUUUCACUCUUGUUAGAAAAAAUAAAGGUUUAGAAUUG